UUUUCUCACUUUUCAAAUGCUAGUGGUUCACUUCACUCUCUAGCUAGUCUCUUUGAUUUGGUUGGCCACUACUUCUAUACUAUACCCCUUUUUUUUCUCCACUAAUGCUAGUGGUCUCUUUUUCUCUCUCCUUUUCUUGAAUUCCUUUGUAAAAAUGCUGGCAGCUAACAAAAGCUAAUCAAAAUGUCUAGACAUGGAUAGAGAAACCAAUCAAGAAAACCAACCUCUCCUCCCGCCGGUUGUUCACUCCGUCAAAGAAGAAGGAUCAAGAAAACAGCCAGUGGGUGCUAAUGGCGGUGGUUUUGGCAGCGGAGAUCGGCUUAAAAGAGAUGAGUGGAGCGAAGGGGCGGUUUCUUGUUUACUUGAAGCUUACGAAAGUAAAUGGGUGCUGAGAAACCGAGCUAAACUUAAGGGUCAUGAUUGGGAAGACGUUGCUCAGUAUGUUUCGUCACGUUCGAGUUGUUCUAAAUCGCCUAAGACUCAGACUCAGUGCAAGAACAAGAUUGAGUCCAUGAAGAAACGGUAUAGAUCGGAGUCUGCUGCUUCUGAUGUCUCUUCUUGGCCGUUAUAUCCACGUCUUGAUCUUUUGUUACGUGGAAGUGGCGGUUCUGGUGCUGCUACCACCGUGGUACCAUCAAUAAACCACCAGCAAACCCCACCACCACCGCCACUACCAGUAACCAAUAUGAAUAAUCUUCCCGUGAUGGUGGUGGCAGAGCCGUGUUAUAUUGUGCCACAGCAACAGCCGGUGGUGUCUUUAGCUCCUCCUCCUCUUCCUCCUCCACCGGCGAUCGUUGCUCCUGUGACGGUUGUGACAGCACAGAACUCGUAUGGGUCCAAUGGUGUUGAGAAGGGGACCAUUAAGGAAGAUGGAGUUGGUACCAACACCAAAUUAUUGGAGCACGUCUCGGACGACAAGAACGUCGAUAUGGGGAUGGAGACAGACAGUAGCACACCGGCAUUGUACAGCGAAAAGGAGAAAGUACUAAAGGGAAAAAAGACGAAGAUGAAACCGGAGAAUCCGAAAAAGAAAAGAGCGAGAAGAAGAGAUCAAGAAUGGGAGAUUGCGGAUAGUAUGAGAUGGCUAGCAGAAGUUGUUGUAAGAUCAGAAGAAGCAAGAAUGGAGACUAUGAGACAAGUUGAGAAAAUGAGAAUUGAAGCUGAGGCUAAAAGAGGUGAAAUGGAUUUGAAAAGAACUGAAAUUAUUGCUAAUACUCAGUUGGAAAUUGCUAAGCUUUUUGCUGGAGUUGCUAAACCUAGUGAUGUUGAUUCUUCCUUAAGAAUUGGAAGAAGCUAAUUAUAAUUAUGAUUAUAAAUUAUGGAAAAUGGAAAAUGGGGGAGGGAGAUUUAAUUAACUUGUAAUAGGCUGAUUAAUUAAUAAUUGCAGAUAUAUAAUAAUAAUAAUAAUAAUAAUAAUAAUAAUAAUAAUAAUAAUAAUAACAUCCUUGCCUCAUUGUAUUGUGUUUCUUUUCAUGAACAAUACAAGUAUUGAUUUUGAAGAUUUGAUAUAAAAUUUAUGAAACCACCUUGUAAGGUUUU